CCCUCUGUCUCUUCUUCCAAAUUUAAUCUCACACGGAUAAUAUAGUAAAUCACAAUAAGAGUUUUCAAACCACAACAAACUAAUUCCCAAAUAACUCUUCACUCCAAAUUAAACCUGGCCAUGAAAUCAAAUCCCAAGAAAACAACAAAGGUCCUCUUUAGCUACGGCGGUAAAAUCCUCCCCCGCCACACCGACGGCAAGCUCCGCUACACCGGCGGCCACACCAGAGUCCUCGCGCUCUCUCUCCCCAUUUCUUUCUCAGAGUUGAUGGUGAAGUUUGUGGAAUUAUGCGGUUCAUCUGUUACACUCAAGUGUCCUUUACCGAACGGAGAUUUAGAGACAUUGAUUUCAAUCACCAGCGACGAAGAUCUAGAAAAUAUAAUCGAAGAAUACGAUCGAGCUUCUUCGUCUUUACCACAUCCUUUGAAGAUUAGAGCCAUUCUUUCACCUCCCAUAUCUCUCAAGAAAGUAACUCCUCCACAAUCUUCUUCGUCCAGCGCAACAUACUCUCCGUCCGGUUCGAUUUACGGAUCCUCGGAAUCACUGAACCGGUCUAAUUACUCACCGGUUUCUCUAGGGUUUUUUGGUAUUCGAAAUGGGGCUGUGAAAGGUGGUUGUUACACAGGGCAACUACAUGGAAGCCCUAGAUUGGUAUAUCGCUUCGGUAAUAAUUAUUGUCAAUGAUACAGAGUUAUGCUGGAGAAUAGAAUACAAGGAUAUACAAAAUACUGUAUAUUAGUUGAUGAUAAAAAAUAUGAAAGAUCGGUCCCGAGAUCUGGUAGGGUAGGGUGUAGAUAGAGAAAAGUGAUUUGUAAUUGAGCUUCGGCUUCUAUUUUUCAUUUGCUUGAGUGUUGUUCUGUUUUCUCUGGACAAUGAUCAGCCAAUAACCGAGCCUUAUCCCAUUAAGUAGUUGGAUUACAUUUAUCAACUUUCUUCUUAAUGAUA